AUGACCUCGUCAUUAAAGCAUGUGUGCGCAGAAGACAUACAACGCUUGGAGCAUCACUCUCCUCUGAAAAUUGAUUGUCAAUAUAAUAAAAGCAGCGGUGCUACAUGGGAAAGCUCUAGUAUCACAAAUAACACAACGUUGAAAGAUCUCCUUUGUAACUAUACUGCUGAGAAACCAUUUAAACUUAACGAUGGUCAAGCAAGUGAAAGGUAGUUUGUUUUUUUAGUGUGAUCUUUUUUGGAUUCGUAACACAUGUGCACAAAUGAAAUGGGUUUAUCGACUACAAAUUUUGCGCCCUUCCCACCCUCUAUUUAAAUUCCAGAAUACCCCACUUAGAGCCCGUGUCAUUUUCUGCCCUCCUUCCCCCUUAACAGUUCCGAAGGACCAACUGCUUACAUCUUGCCAAACUCUCUCCUUGGUGAAUACUCGGAAGGCAUAGAAUGCUUGGAACAUCACUGUUUUCUGUCCCCUCAUUUGCAAUAUAAUGUAACCAGUGAUGUUGAAUGGAAAAUCUUGGAAACGACAGACAACACAGCGUUGGAAGAGCUUUACUGUGACGAUAAUAUUGAGGGAAUAUUUAAGCUUAACCCAGCCCAAGCUAUCGAAGGGAGUUUCUUUUCCUAA